AUGACCCAAGAGAAGGAGAUCUAUCUUCUCAAGAGAGACAAGGAUGAGUCUGCUCGGCUUGACGAGCAACAUACAUUUUUCGUGGACGUAAUUGGAGGAAGUCCAAUCCAUGCAUCAAUAUCGAAGGACCGUCUGUUUGCUGUUGCAGAUAUUGCGACAGGGACAGGAAUCUGGCUCAAGCAUGUCUCCGAGCUGUUGACGAAGGAGGCCCCGUCAGACCGUUCGCGAUAUUAUCAGGGCUUCGAUAUCUCUCCUGCCCAGUUUCCUGCUAAUGCUGGUGACAUACAUUUCUCGGUUCAGGAUGUGCUGGAGCCAUUUCCGCCCGAGCAUAUGAAUCGCUACGAUUUGGUCCAUGUCAGAUUCCUGGCCGGUGCUAUCAGACAAGCGGACUACAAGGCUGUGGUCGCUAACUUAGUAGCGCUUCUGAGUAAGAAUAUCCGGCCCAUGUUUACUCCGUGGCCAUUCAAAUGGUCUGCACAAGUAACUUUGCUGUUUUGA